CGAAACGAAACCCUUCCUUUCUUCCUCAGCCCUUCUUCUUAUACACCGGCGGCGGCGGCGCGAAGGCUUCGCUGCUUUCCUUGGGUUGGUUGUCUGCUCGCGUCCUUCCUCCGCCGCCGCGAAUAAUGGCUCUCGUCGCCGGCUCCUACGAGCGCUUCAUCUGGGGCUUCUCCCUCAAAACCCUAACCACCUCCUCUUCCUCCGAGCAAGCCCUCGCGCCGCUCUUCUCCUACCCGGCCCACGCGGGCCCGAUCCGCUGCGUGGCGGCGGCGCCGCGCGCGGGGCUCGCGGCGUCGGGCGGCGCCGACGACUCCGUCCGCCUCUACGACCUCCCCGCCGCCGCCGACCUCGGCCCGCUCCUCGACCCUUCCGCCGCCGUCUCCGCGCUCGCCUUCCACUCCAUCGGCCCCGUCCCGCGCAACCUCCUCGCCGCCUCCGACGACGGCCUGCUCCACCUCUACGACGCCGAUGGCUUCGCGCUCCUCAGCUCGCUCCGCGUCUUCCCGCGCGGCCGGGAGCCCGCCGACGACGUCGCCGUGCACCGCUCGGGGCGCGUCGCGCUCGCCGUGGGGAGGGCCGGAGGGCUCGCCAUGCUCAACCUCCUCCGGGGACGCCGGAGCUUCGCUUGUCGCCUCGAGCGCCCCGCGUCUGCCGUGGCCUAUGUGGAGGACGCUGCUGGUGGAGACCGGUUUGUGAUGGCCGCAGAAGAGAAGGUCACCGUGCAUGACUCUGAGGACGCCAGGAUCAUUCAUGAGAUGCGAUGCGACAAGAGGGUGCUCGCCUUCGGGGCAGCAAAGAAUGGAAUACUUUACACUGGAGGAGAGGAUCGUGGUAUCACUGCUUGGGAUCUGUCCAGCGGCAAGGUCUCGUCGCGUAUUGAGGGCGCUCAUUCAACUCGUGUAAAAGGGAUUGUCAUUUUCGAUAACCGGAAUGAUGGAUCUGAACUGUGCACUCUAGUAGCUUCAGCUUCAUCUGAUGGCAUCAUAAAGAUCUGGGAUGUUCGGAUGAUUGGAGAUGAGAAGCCUACUCCUUUGGCAGAGACUAACACAAAAGCAAGGCUGACAUGUCUUGCUGGGACAUCAUUGAAAUGAGCUAAGGAAGGGAGACGUUGAGUUAAAUUAUCAAAGUGAUUCUGGACUACCAGUUUUGUAAUGUUUUCGUUUAGUUCCCUUUGGGGACUCGUACUGGAGAUACGGACCGAGGAGUGAGGUGGCUGUAAGCUGGAAAUCGUGAAGGCAGACACUAGCUGGAUGCACAGGAAAUGUAUGAUAGUCAUCAGAAUUAUACAUCAACGUAGUUUGGCUUGACAGCAUGAACUGAUUAAUGUUUACGCUAUUGUCCUGAUUCGGUUGUAUCACAAGUUUUCAGUGUGAACCAUUUCUAAUAUUAAGUGCUAGUCUAUUGCCCAUGGAUGAAUUUUUA